AUGGACGCGUAUCUAGGUGACUUCUCCAACACAUGGUCCAUGCAAGGCCUGUGUGCCCUGCUUCACGACCCUUCUGAAGAGGAGGCGGGGCCUGAAAGUCAUGUGACAUGUCCUUCCUCUUCUGCUUUUGUCGGUCCCGGGGACAUUGGAUCUGUGACAAAUCUUCAACAAAGCGCUGCAACAUCUCAGACAGGAAGAGACGACAAGGAUAUCUGGAGCGAGUCGGAGGUCCAGGAAGGGGCAGAAUUCGAUGAUUAUUUGGAUCCCAGAGAAAAGCCGGAAUACGAAAUCCUUUUUAAGCAAAGAGUUAGCUCAGAAGAUAUGUUUUUGGGCCUGAGUCGAAAAGACCCGUCAACCGCUUGCUGUGAGGAUAUGGUGAUCCGUGUCCAGCUUCCCGACACGAACGUCGCUGAUGUUUCACUCGACGUAAAGAAAAACUACAUCAACCUCCGUACUCCCAAAUAUAAGCUUGGGCUGCAUCUCCCCCAUACAGUGAAUGACAAAUCGGGACAAGCCAAAUUUAUGGCUGAUACAGAGACGCUGGAACUGAUCCUCACGAUGGUACGAGACCUGGACUUCAUCAACUUUACAUAGUGACUCCUUCAUUCGUCCCAAAUGAACUUUGCGC